AUGCUAGUACCAGGGGCCAAGCAGAAUGCACCUGAAAAUGUUCAUUUCAGCAGGUGCUGUGUUGAUCUUCUGAGUGACGUUACAUACUUCCACGUGAGUACUCCCAUGCUGCAAGGAAGGAUGCAGCGUGGCAGUCGACUGGAUCGCAUGACCUAUUUCAUCCUGUGCGCAUUUCGGGCCUUCGAUGGGUCGCCUCGCGCUCUCCCGCGGAGUGGGUCAGCUGUAGGUUACUGUAGUGCUGGUUGGAUUUUAGUGCAAGGCGUUCAACCUCAGAUUCCCGCGGUUGUGAAGUACCCCAAGCAUUUGAGGGAACACGACUCUUCAAUCUCCCGGUUAUGGGAGCGUUUUCAUCUCGAUGACCUGGCUCUCGGAAGGAGGCUUCCUGGGACGAUUUUGCCGGGGACGAUCUACGUUGUACAUAGACCGGCAACUGAAGGUGGGAGCGCGACCCCUUGGGAGGUACUCGCGAUGACGUUGUCGGGGUUGCCCGCAGCACAUCGCUGUGCUAACCGCUUCUGGUGGCAGAGGCCAAGAGCCGCCCGUAAAGAAACAGAAGAAGCGUUAGGUAAUAAUCCACGGCUGAAACUCGGGCAAGUCUUUCGUGGUUCGUGUAAAGUCUAUGGAACUCUGAAUAAUCUCGCAGCUUUCUAUACUCGACGAUUGACACUAUGCCGCCAUUUUAUCUCGUCUCACUUGCUCCAGGUUUCGAAGGCGUACUACUACUGUACCUGGAUCGUUCCCGAGGCCAAGACGGUCAUUUACCCCGCAAAUGCCAGCUGGUCGCCAAAACCUACUAAUCUCAGGGAUCACCUUCCUGCCAUGCAAAGUAGAUCAUGGCAGCAGGCAGCCAACCACUACCAUCCGGCGCCGGAUUAA